AUGCUGGCUUGCAUCCACAGCUUUACGAAAUCGUGCGUCUCCAAGCAGCACCUAGUUAUCUGGAAAGGCACUGUUGCUCUCCUGGAGGGAAACUGCGGAGGCUACUCCGAGGUAAGAACAGGGGACGGGACAGACAGACACACACACACACACACACACACACACACUCCGCUUGGGGCAAGCAGGUGUGCAGGGCUGCAGUUUGCGCUCCUUAGCGCGCGGUUCUUCAAAGUUUUUCCUGCUUAGACGGCACUUUGGCACCGGACCGGGCUUUGGCUGGAGCUUAAGUUCUGACCCGAGAGGUGCGGGGGCGCAGGGCUUGCGUGGAAGUGACGGUGUGUGAUCUAGCAGCCCUGCUUCCUAAUCCCAGAUGGAAAGGGAAUAUUUGUGGUGAGGGAGGGGGAAAAAAGAAGCUCUCGCUUUUCAAAGAUGCUUGGAGCUGCGCUUGCGGGCGUUAGGGCCGAGCCCAGGCGCAACUGAUGCCAAUCGUGGAAAUAAAGUCCACAGAAAUGUGCUAACCCACGUUGGUUCAUGCAUGAUCCGGCGUUUGCCUUGGGCAAAUACACUGCGGUGGAGGAGCGUUAAAGCCCUCCUGGGGCAAUCACGCAACAGCGACAGACCACUUUUCUAAUCUAGUGUGCAUAGCUGUCAACUUUUCUCUUUUCUUGCGAGGAAUCCUAUUCAGAAUAAGGGAAUUUCCCUUAAAAAAAGGGAAAAGUUGACAGCUAUGAGUGUGAUUGGUGUUCUAUAAUUUCUGCUUUGAUCAACUGCUAAUUCUUAGAUUGCUCUUUUAAAAAAUGCAAGUGUAUGUAUGCUUGUGAUACACUCACACAGGAGUGCCAGCUUGGCUCUGCAUCUGUGGGUGCCAUGUAGCCUGCGUGGCGCUGGCACCAAAAUUUGUGGCUGCCUGGCCCCUUCACAUGGGAAAUUGUGUGGGUGAUCAGGCACCUAUUCACUCACAUCAUAGUGAAUAGGCCUGUCCAUAUUCAGCAAUAUCAAGUUACAGUAUAGGAAAACUGGUGCUAUUAACAGUAAUCCUUCUAGUUGGUUAAUUGGUUUGGCAACUUCCAUGCACAUGACGUGUGAUGCUAAUUAUUUCCCGUGAGAGUUAAAUGAUAACCAAUCAGAGGCAGCUUUGUCAAUCCCAGCAGGUAUAUAAGAGGACGACACGGCCUGCCCAGGCCUGUGGCGGAAGUUUCGCCUUUUAAAGUCAAAAGUGGCUAUGUUGGAUUUUGGGGACAAUUGUCCAUUUACAUAUACAACUGAGUUUGAUAGCAAUCUGUUCAUUGUUCCCAAUCAGUUCAAAAGCACCUACAGCUUGCUAGUCAGUUCUAGGGCACAGCAUUGUGGAUAUGUAGACAUUUUACCUCUUUGUGGUGAUUACCACACACUAUGUAAAAUCACCCAUUCCUACCUUUCCUCUUUUGAAUGCUUCCUUGGUUUCAUUCUUCCUCUCAGAAUCUCCCCUGAACAUUUUGGUUAGCUGGAUGAUAGCAUGCUCCCAGUACUAAAUUAUCACCACCCACAACAAUUAAGUGGAGAAGUCUGCCCCUUUUUGAAUUUCUAGAUUGCUGGACUCGGUGCCCUCUAGACUCAACACUACUGUUUCAUCCGUGUAUUGAGACUACACUACUGCACCUUUCUAAAUCCAGUAGCAUUCCAGAGAAAGCUACCUUGAAAGUCUUGGCUGACGACAUUCUCUCUAGUAACGUAAAUUUUACUUCCCAAACCUUCCCCAUGUCAUUGGUGCCAGCAUGCUUCCUCUCCAGCAUUAUCUAUCAGGUAUUAUACCUGCAACCAGUAGCUGUCAGUGGUAUCGUGUUGCACAAGUGGCUUCCUGAUGUUGAGCGUCACAGCUGGUUACUGAGAAGGAGGAAGCAGGGAGCUCAAUGCAGCAUGGGUGUGGCAGCGGGAACAUUGGAUUGGCUUCACUGCUGCGCCCAAACCAUGCUGAGCUCCUGGCUGCCUCUCCCUCUUGGUAACUGGCAAUGAUGCUCACCGAUGGAAAGCCAGGUGAACAUUCCUUCUUGCUAACUACAGUACUACUGUUUGCAAACCAGGGUAACAUUUUAUGCAUCUGAUGUGUAGUCAAGGAACACCUGAGCACGUUGCCUUGUAAAUGCCUAGAAGCCUAUUUUGGCAUUGUGAUAUAAAUUAAUGAAUAAUGAUUAUGAAAACUUAGGCCAUAAUAAAAUUGGUAGUCUUUAAAGUGCCACAGGGACGUGGCUGGCGCUGUGGUCUAAACCACAGAGCCUAGGGCUUGCCGAUCAGAAGGUCGGCUGUUCGAAUCCCCGCGACGCGGUGAGCUCCCGUUCUUCAGUCCCAGCUCCUGCCAACCUAGCAGUUCGAAAGCACGUCAAGUGCAAGUAGAUAAAUAAGGUACCACUCCAGCGGAACGGUAAACAGCGUUUCCAUGCACUGCUCUGGUUCGCCAGAAGCGGAUUAGUCAUGCUGGCCACAUGACCCGGAAGCUGUCUGCGGACAAACGCCGGCUCCCUUGGCCAGUAAAGCGAGAAGAGCGCCGCAAACACGACUGGACUUAACGGUCAGAGGUACCUUUACCUUUUAAGGUGCCACAAGGGUCAUUGUGCUCAUCUUGGUAAAAAAGUCAUAUACAAACUUGAUAGCACCCUCCUUCACUUCAUUUCACCUCUUCUUUGUUCAGUGAGUGUACAUUAAAGUGUAAAGGAGUUGAGAUGCCUUUUUUUCUGUAUACUGUACUGUAUAUUAGCCACCAGAAAGAAUAGCACAAACCAUAGUUGAAUAGCCAUUAGUCGAAAGAGUUUGUAACAUAGAAACUGUGACAAAGUUGAUACAGUGGUACCUCUGGUUAUGUACUUAAUUCGUUCCGGAGGUCCGUUCUUAACCUGAAACUGUUCUUAACCUGAAGCGCCACUUUAGCUAAUGGGGCCUCCUGCUGUCACUGCACCGCCACUGCACGAUUUCUGUUCUCAUCCUGAAGCAAAGUUCUUAACCCGAGGUAAUAUUUCUGGUGUAGCGGAGUCUGUAACCUGAAGCAUAUGUAACUUGAAGCGUAUGUAACCUGAGGUACCACUGUAUAUAUAAUUUUAUAUCCAGGGAGAGAAGAAUGUGCUGCUUACUCAAUGUUUUAUUCAGUUAACAAUAAACUGACAGGGGGAUAAUAUCAAUUAAGGUUUCAAAGAGAACCUGAUAGAGCAAUCAUGGAAUUCCAGUACACCAUCAAUCAUUACUGAAUCAAAAAGAAAUUAGCACUUCCUGGAUCCAGUUCUACUUGUUCACUAAGAACUACAUUUGUCAUUAAAAAUGAGUAAUUAAUACUAUAUGAUUUUUUUGCCCAACAGAACAAUGGAUCUCAGAAGGUUGAAGUCAGAUUUCGGAACACCACAAAGUGUAUCAUGCAGAGAAAAGAGAAAUGUGGGACUCACACAUCCAAGGAACUUGAGGAAAUGUGGAACAGCUAUAUGCGGAUUUGAAAUGUUAAUACAUCACCUUGAGUGAAUGAAUCACUACUAAACUCUGCAAGCUUUCAGACUUUAUGCAUUAUAAAGGUUUAUUUUUUUAAUGCUGUUAAUUUAUUCUUUGUGAACAUUUCAAACUGUGGGGGUUUUUUUAUAGACAGCAUACAUUUUACAAGGCUUAUAUUUGAUGGUGUUAAUUUAUUUUAUAGUAAUAUUUCAAACAGUAAAUUACUGGCUAGGUUCAAGGUCCUUGUAUCAAUGUGCAAAGCCCUUAACAACAGCUUGAUCACUGAGAUCUACUGGAGCAAUGCUGUUAAUUUACCCAUGUGUGAAUGAGGUCCAAAUGAUAUCUAUGAGAAAUUGAGCAUUUACCACAGCUGGAAUGCCCUGCUAAUAGAAAUUUUCCAGGCACUGUUGUUACCCAUUUUUAGAUGUCUUUUGAUAACUUACUGUUACAACAACCAAUUCAGUGGGAUAACUUUUAUGUGAGUGUCCAGCUCCUUAUGUUUUUGUUUCUUGCUUUUAUAUUUGCCUUAUGUUGUGGUUUUAUAUUUGCU